GCGGCGAGAGUGCCUGGCGGGCUCCGGCUUCCGCGUCCGCCCCGGCUCCGGCCUCGGCCUCAGCACCGCGCCCGGCUCCGCCGCGGCCCACCGAGCCCCGGGGGCAGCCGAGCCGCCGGCGACUCCCGCAGAGCUCCGGGUGCCCGCGCGGGGGGCCAUGCCGUGCCGGAGGGAGGAGGAAGAGGAAGCCGGCGAGGAAGAGGAGGAGGAGGAGGAGGACAGCUUCCUCCUGCUGGAACAGUCGGUGACUCUGGGCGGCUCGGGCGAGGUGGACCGGCUGGUGGCCCAGAUCGGCGAGACGCUGCAGCUGGACGCGGCGCAGGACCGCCCUGCCUCCCCGUGCGCGCCCCCGGGGCCGCCACUGCAGCCCCCGCGACCCCCGGCGGUGGUGCGGGCGGACAAGGCCCGAGCCCCGGCUCUGCCGCUGCUUCUGCCGCCCGCCUCGGCCGAGACUGGGGGUCCGGCGCCCCCGGGGGCCCUGCGCUGCGCCCUCGGGGACCGCGGCCGGGUGCGGGGCCGGGCUGCGCCCUACUUUGUGGCAGAGCUCGCCGCAAGCCCCAGCGCGCUGCCCGGGCCGUGCCGGCGAGGAUGGCUGCGGGGCGCUGUCGCCUCCCGCCGCCUGCAACAGCGACGAUGGCCCCCAGCCGGGGCGCGCGCCAACGACGACGACCCGCACAGGCUCCUGCAGCAGCUGGUGCUCUCGGGGAACCUCAUCAAGGAGGCCGUGCGGAGGCUCCAGCGAGCCGUCGCCGCGGUAGCAGCCACGGGCCCCGCGGCACCCCCCGGACCCGGGGGCAGCCGCAGCCGACCGGACCCUGUCGCCCUUCAGCCCUCCGGCGCCUUGCACUGACCCAGGGCCCUUGGAGGAGGAAGAAGCCUCUGCGGGGACCCAACGGCGUCCUGUGCCUUCCCCAACCUUGAGCUGAAGCCGCCGUUGCCGUCCUGGGAGCGACCGCCUAGGCUGCAAGGAGGCGCGUGGGGAGAGACCUCAAGCCGAGAAGUUACCCGCCCCGGCGAGGCUGUCGGCGAAAACUUGAGCGUGGAGAAAUGCACGGGCCAGGGCGCGUCCGUAUCGCGUGAGAAUUUCCCCGGCCACCUCGGGGACAGGAACCUGGGAUAAAACUGGGAGAACUAUGGCAGCUAUUUGCAUCAACUUGUACCUGACUUAACCCUUGGGGGUGUCGUGUGCUUGGAUUGUUUAAAGAUACGGCUCCAAGGGGCGAGAAUCGCGAGGGCUUUGUAACAAUACUUGAAAACUGAUGACACGAAUACAUUUUAUUUUCCGGUGGAGGAACUUAGUGAAAAUGGUGCUACAAUUGCUGUGCAAAGAAAUUCCGGAGGGAAGAAGAAUGUAAAAGCUUGGUGGUGGGUGGGUUGGCAUCGCCCGACCCCUUUCUCCCACCUCAUCGGUGACGGGUCGAGGUGGGAGAUGUGAACUCCAGUUGUCGGGGGCAGGAAGGUGGAGAAUUUUGAAGGUGGGUCGAGGUGGAUGUGGACUUUUAAAUGACUUGACCUUGCCACCUGUGUUUCAAGGUCACGGUGUGCUUGGACGGAAGGUUGUGGGCUUCCUGGGAGAGCUAACUGACCCCUGUGUCUUUUCUUUCUCUUGCUCCAAGAAGAGCCCUGUCUGUGCUUCGCCACCUCCUAGAGUCUCCAGAGGACACACAGGUAGAGAGGGCUGUGCGAGGAGAGUUAUUUGUUUUCCUCUGUGCUCUCCUUCUGUCCAGAACUCCUCCUCCUCCUCCUCCCGUGAGGCCACUCUUGGCGGUGCCAUGAGCUUUCUCAGAAACAGGCAUAAACAAUGUCUUAUGUCUCUCUCCUGUCCUCCCGGCUGGCCUUUCUUAUUCCACCCUUUCUGAUGUCUUCACUGCAUGGAUGAGACCCCCGCUGUUUUUCUGCUCUGUUCUGGCCCUCUGUGGAGCCAUAGGCCUGAGCUUUCGUGGGUCUUCACCCCUCAGUUUCCUUCUGCCACCAGCUCUUUGUGAGUGACCGAAACCGUUUUUUAAAUGGGACUCUCCAAGAGGAGAAACCCCAGGCUUUACCCGUAUGAAACUUGACGGCGCUUUAAGUAAGGUGCCACCCCCAAACUUUAAAGGAGCUAAACUAAUUUUUUAAAAAGAUUCAAUGGCUUGUUCAUCCUCCAGAUGUAGCUAUUGACGUACACUUCGCACCGGAGUGUCUGAAAUUGUGGUGGUCCUGAUUUAUAGGAUUUCUUAAUUAAAGUGUCUGCUGAAUAAA